CCGCUCAGGUAAGCUCUGACUGUUUGUCCCCAGGUGAUUGUCAGACACGGAAGUCAAGAAUCUCAGGAAUAGCAAACCGUGAAAAGAGGUUCAGAUAUGAUUGUAUCACAGCUUUCCUAAUAGUAGCUGCAAUCUGAAGGGGAGAAGGAUCCAUCAUGGUUAAUGCGGGAGUAUGCUGCUCCAACCUCAAAGAAAGCAAAGCCCUAAUGAAGAUGGGGCUGACCCUGGUGCUGGUUGGCCAUGUCAACUUUCUUCUGGGAGCUCUGGUGCACGGCGCUGUGCUUCGUUACAUCAUUGUGCGGGUGCAGGCCAGGAAUCUUGUGUACGCCAUCUCUAACGUCGUUGCCAUUGUGGCAGGUUUGAUGGGUAUCAUCAGCGGGAUAAUUGCUAUUGUCCUGUCCAAGAACAAGAAAAACAGGACCCUGAUGUGGGUUCUGCUUGUGUUCAGCAUUAUGGCAGGUUUCUUGGGAGUUGCCUCUGCCGUGGGCUUGUUAUGGUCUUUGAUUAAAGCCUUCUACCAUAGAGAAAAUAUUCUAAGACGAUACUGCAAUUUCUUUGAUGAUGACUUUUCUGCAGCCAUUACAAAUGAAUGUCCCUUUGAUCCAACUCGUAUUUAUGCAACCAGCAUCAUUCUCUGGAUCCCUCUCUUGGGAAUGUGCAUCGUGGAGGCGGUGUUCACCUUUCGCUGUUUUGCUGCCUGCACUUCCUUCCUGUACCUUUGUCCAUGCAGGCGCGAACCGCUCCGGGCUAGAAGGGUUAGACUCCAAGUAGCCGAAACCCCUCAACCACGCCCAGAGCCAGAGGCUGAAGAGGAGCCUGUGGAACGAGAUGAGCUGCUGCAAAGUGGAGACGUCCAGAGCGACUGGGUCUAAAGCAGCAAAGAUCUGAUUAACAGGAUGGGAAAAACUGUCUAAACAGACGGAUGGGAAUCUGUUACUGGUUAAAGCAGUUACAUUUUAAUAUUUAUGCCUCUUAGGUGCAAAAUUGUUUUGUUUUUAAACGAUGUAAUGGGAUAUUUUUGACCUACAUGUUUUUAUCAUAUUUGUAUUGCUUUUAAACAUCUGCCUAUUUCCAGUUUAAAAUGUCUUUCAUUGUGGAGACAAAACGUGUGUUUUCUAUCCUUUAUUAAAAAAACUUCAAUACACUUUUAA